GUUCCAGUCCCUAAUUGCCUCUUCUUGCUUAUACAUUGCCUCUGUUCUUCAUCUCUUCUUCUCUCCCUAACCCCAAGUCAGCUGCUUCAUUUUCAUGCUCCAUGGACAUAGAGGUGAUGAUGAGUCUUGCAGGCCCACGAGAUGUCGAUCGGAUGGCCACUCGGACUUGAGAUCAUGAAUUCAAGACUCGGAGUUGUUGAGAGCAUUAGAACUGCCUCUGCAGAGACCCGCUUGCUGUUGCCCUCGGCUAGCUUCUCCUCAUUCACAUCCUCAGCCCUCGACACCGAGUCAUCAGCAUCUUUCUUCCACGAUAGCAGCAGGUCCCUGGGGUGGCUUACAGGCAUCAAGCCCGGGAACGGAGGGAGGCUCUACUUCCCUGGCUCGAGGUGGUGCAAAGAGGUGGACUUCAGGUCGAUCGGAGGGGCAUGCUCCACGUUCUCGAAAGAAAAGAGAGUAAAUGCUUCCAAACGUAUUUGCAUCCCUCUCCUACAAAACAUUCUGGUGAGAGCGAGCCGGAACAAGAACAAAUCGAAAAGAUAAAUGCUCACCAAAUCAUCAAUUACAACAGUUUUUAACUCAGCUCCCCGCCAAGAAAUUGUUGCCGAAAUACUGGAAUUACAUCCCCGAACACUUCGUUUUCAUUUCGUAUACAGACACAGAGACACAAAAAUAUGUAGAUCUUGAUGAGUACUGUUUUAUUCAAGUCUGUAGAGCAUGCACACAAAGUUAUGACAUCCCAUUCGUAAAGUCAUUCACCAGAAAAUCGAAUAUCCUACGAUUACCCGAACAGUUUCAA